AUGGCCAACGCUUUGAUCAAGAGAUCGCUGAAUCAGCAGAGUAUCCUAAAUCCUUUUUGGCUUAGGGGCACGAGGAACGAGCGGUUGAUCAGCAAAGCCGCCGCCGCGUCUGCUACUCUUUCCGAAACACUCGUCCGAGAUGCAUAUAAUCCGAUCAACAUAGCCAAGAAUUGUCGCCCAUAUAAGCAAAACAUCUAUCACAACUCUCCGGCUGGCUUCGUAGUUAGGGAGGCCAAAAACGAGGAUGCCAAAGAGCUCACUCGAUUAUGGUUUUCUUCCUCCAGCUUACUUUUGGAUCUCGACUCUAAAACCUCCCGGUGGUGGGACGAGGUUUGGAGUGUGGGAAUUCAGGCUGGACCAAACGUUGUAAAAACUUUUGUCGCUGAAAAUAAAGACAACAAAGUUGUCGCCUUCUCUAGAUGGAACGUCCCACAGAUGCAGGGAGGAGUCCGAAUCGACGCCUCAUUACCGGAUUUUCCUGAUGAAUGGGGGGCUGAGUUAACGGAGGCGCUUUGGGGUAAUGUAGCUCGCAAUAGGGAAAAGAUUAUGGGACGUAGGCCCCAUUGGAGAUGUGAAUUCCUAGCAGUGGAUCCUUGUCAUCAAGAAGAGGGUUUAGCUUCUAUGCUCGUGGACUGGGGUUGUCGGCAAGCUGACGCGGCUGAGCUUGAAGUCUACAUCGACAGAUAUAUCUCAAAUUUGCCAGUAUGGAAGAAAGAAAAUGUUCAUUUCUGGGACUGGGAUUGCAUAGGUGCACCAUCGCAUCCAGAUGCAAGAAACCUUAGAUUGGCCGCUAUUGUUAGACCCCCAACGUUCACUGGGGCUAGUGCAACAUACAUUAGGAAUUAA